AUGACUACCCGAAGGGAUAAUUACUUCAUAAAUACCUCGGCCGUAACUGAGGAGGCCGGAGGAGAAGAUUCUAUGGUGAUAUCAAGGGCUGCUAGCCCAGACCCCCUACUUACGGGAGGACCCUCUACAACAACUAGGCAAUCGAGUAAACGCUCUGCUCAAGCCCAGUUCGUGAGGAAUAUGUAG